AUGUUCAGAUUUCGAGCCCAACCAGCUACUCUGUCCAUUGGAUCGUUCAAAUUUAUCCCCGUUUAUGUCACUGCAACCUCCGGAUUAGCCUCAGAGACGAAAGCACAACUGUGUUUUCCCCGAUCAACGAAGAAACGUAUUACGGAUACCAACAUAAUCAAUAGCAGCGGCCCGGAUUUAAACGGCGACACAGUUGGAUGGAACAAUGAUAACCUAAAGACAGAAGAGUACGCAACUUACAGCGACAAGAGCCGUUUCCAAAUGGGUACUAUAAAGCUGCACAAGAAACCUGAACGCGUUGGUGCAGGUCAAAAUCGCAUGAAUGUGGAUGUAGCCCCUGUGCACAAGGUUCCCGAAAACUCUUCGGCAACCCAAGACCGGCUUUGUCCUUUUUGGGACUCAUCAGAUAAGUGCAAUCCCCGAGUUUCCAUCAAACUUUUGUUCUACUUGAAGCCCAAUUGGACCGAUUUCGACAAAUGCACUCAUUUGAAUAGCAAAUUGGUUAUCAAGGGAGACUCAACUGAAUCUCUCGUUUAUAAUAUUCUUCAAUAUACCGCGAUAUCGCGAAUAUUGUGCCAGCUGAAACAUGAGGCGUCGUUAGGAUGUGAACUCACUGACCAGAAAGUUCGUGUUUCGAGCCCAAUCCCGACAUCUCACCUUGUCUUAUCGAGGUUUUGGCAACCUGGUAGAAUCCCAGCAAUCAUGAAUCCUUCGGGUGUCGUGUCACUUGGGCACCGAGAAGUUGCUACAGCCACUUUUUUCAAAAUCACUGUAAAACCCCACCAAUCCCUUAUUAUUGCAAACGCUUCAUCACCAAUCGAGGUGACAUCGUCAGUGCGCCGUCAACUCCGCACUGAUGAUGUCACCUCGACUGGUGUUGAAACGUUUCCAAUCCAACUGCCAAACUUGGCAAACAGACCAACGACCCAUCAGCGCACCCAGGCUCCCUAUAUUCCAAAAUACUGCCGAUGUUUCUGUUUGGUCGCACCUGUAGGUAUGCAUGAAAACUGCCAAACUCGGCGAACAGACCAACGACCCAUCAGCGCACCCAGGCUCCCUAUAUUCCAAAAUACUGCCGAUGAAACUACUCACUGGGUUGCUGAAAACUCUUCAACAGCCCACGAUCGGUUUCGCCUAUUUCGGGGCUCAUCAGCUGGACAAUUUGAUUGCAAACGUUUCAUCACAACCACUAACCCACAGCUACUCACAACUACGCUCCCCAGUAACGCAGUGAUGUCACCUAGAUUGGUGAUGAAACGUUUGCAAUCAAAUUGCCCAGCUCAGCGAACAAGCCAACAACCACCAUUCUUAAAUACUUGUGGAAAUCGUUCAACGGUAGUACCCUUUCAGUCCCUAAUUGCCAUGCCACCGGAAGGAAGUACGUGGGCUGGGAUAUUGCCAGAAUGCCCAAGCCUGGACAAGGAAAGUCAAAAGGUAGAGGUCGGGUUCGAACCACGGACCUUCGGGUUAAUAAAUUCGCGCUCUAACCACUGA